UGGGGGGCUUCCGGCAGGUGGUACUGGAGGCUGAGCACAGGGACAUGGCAGCAGAAACGUCCAACAGUGGUUGGGGCCGGAUUAAGGCCGUGGCUGGGGAAUGACAGGGUGUCGGUGGCACCCAGGCAGGCUAGGGACUGGGUGUGGAUAGAGAGGGAGACGGUGGCCUCUCAGAGGCAAGGAGGAUGAGGGACAAGGGACUGAGUUGGGCAAAGGGUCCAGAACUCGGGGUUCCCGGUAGCGGUGAGGACGGAGGACGGGGACACGGGCUUGUGAAGGACAGUGGUGUCCAGGACACACAGAGGGAGAGGACCACUGAGCGGUUAGUGUGUGGGCUCAGAGCACGUGGGGACAGUGUGAGGAGAUGCCAGCACCUGUCACCCUGGGGGUUACUGAGGACCAGGAGCCAGGGCUGCCCUCCCCGGGCCUUGGGCACGUCGGCAGUCAGGGGCACAGGACUGGACCCCCGGUAGGUCUGUUCUUAGAAGUGACGGGGUUUCCAAAGCUCAGAGCCCUGCCUAGCGCUCAGGUUCUGACUCCAUAGGUCUGGGGGGGGGGGCCAGGGGUCUCGGGUUUAAAGCCCCGGGGCUUCCGAAGGGAGCUAGGCCCGCGCGCCACUGACGGGGGUGCUGCGCAGGAAGCAAAGAAAGGGCCCCACAGCUUUGCCUCAGCCUGAGAAGAGACCGGCUCCAUGCUAUCACGUGGCGUUUAUUCAUUCAACAAAUAUUUACUGAGCAUCCACCAGGUGUGGCUGGGGAUCCUGCAGUGAACAAAACCAGUCUCUACCCUCGGGAAGCUUCCACUCCAGGGAGCAAGUUGGGGGCUUUGCCACCUCACUCAAAAUCCGGCUGUCCAGCCUCAGGGGUGGUGCGGAGCCCCGGGGCUGGGCUGUUGGAAGCUUCGGGGAACUGGGGAAGAACUCUCUCAGAGCAGGCUCCCCGCCCCCCCCAGUGUCAUCUCUGAGUGGGUCGGAGGACGUUCCUGGCAUCACUGAGGGAGGGACAGGGUGGUGGCAGCAGGAGGUGGGGAUGGUUGGGGCUCUCCGCGUUGACCUCUCCCGUGUGCCACCCCUUGAGCAGAGGUAUGUACCUUACCUCACAGAUGAGAAAACGGGAGGCCCACAACUGUGACCUGUCCACCUCCCAAAAGGCAAGGUGGGGGUGUGAACCAAGAUCAGACUCCAAAGGUCUGUGCCCUUAACCCUCGGGCAGUGACACUAGAGCUAGGUGCGGCUUGGCACCUGUAGGCCGACGGCGUCAAAAAACCAAACCAAACCGAACCUCAGCUGGAGGUUUCUGGCCUCACCGCGGAGCCCUGGAACGACCGGCCUUUGUGAGGUGGCCCUGGCGGGUGGCAGCGGUUCCGUCCUCCUGCCGGGGGAGGGGCGGGCAGAAGCUGGGGGACAAGGGCAGGAGCAGGAGAUGGUUCUCGCCAUGCUGGGGGCUCUGUAUCCCAGGGCGGGGCUGAGCCUCUUCCUCCUCUACCUCGUCCUGGCUGCUGCACUCCUCCGCCCCCAGCCGCUGAGGCCUCAGCGAUCUGUCCCUGAAGAACUUUCAGCCCCUCUGGAACUCUUGCAGCCACUUUCUGGCCUAGUAGAUGACUAUGGGGUUCGACCCAAGCACCCCUGGCCGCGAGGGCCUCGACCCCUUCUCUCCCGGGCCCAGCAGCGCAAGCGGGACGGGCCGGACAUGGCUGAGUAUUACUAUGAUGCACCCGUGUGACGGGAGCCCCUUAUAAAGCUAUUCUGUGCAGCCAAGGCUUGGGCUUUCCUGGCACGGACACCAGCUGGGGGCGGGGGCAGGGAGACACACCCACUGCGGUCCAGACAGGAAAUGGCACUUUAAUAGGAGGGGCCCGGGGGCACAGGACCAAACUGGGGCUACAGCCGAAGCAGCCAAGAGGCCCUGGCUGGCCCGGGCCUGGCCCGAAGCCUCCUUUUCCUGCUGGGCCGGGGGCCCUGCCGCAG